AUGCUUCUAGACUUCAUCGAAUCUCCACAAGUCUACUCUAACAUUUUGUAUAUUACUUCCGCAUUCUCACUACCAAUUCACAUAUUUGGAGGAUAUUGUAUAUUGUAUAAGACUCCAGUUAUCAUGAAAUCAGUUAAAUGGUCGCUGUUCAACCUCCAUUUCUGGUCAUUUGCUUUGGAUCUUACAUUGAGCCUAUUUGUUCAGCCGUAUUUCUGCUCUCCAGCUUUUGCCGGGUUUCCACUUGGAAUUGUGCAAUGGGAAAAACGUAUUCCCACGGAUAUUUUGGUUAUAUAUGUUCUGGCUAUUUUUAAAAUUGUACCGAUGACCAUAAUCUCCAUGUUUGAAAACCGCUACUUUGUAUUAUUUGUCAAAAAGGGUCCCUGGCGAUAUCUGCGUUAUCCGUUCCUACUCUUCAACUACACACUUGCACUUGCCCUCUGCAUUCCGGUCUACUUGGAAGCUCCCAUCGAUCAGGAGAAUGCCAGACGUGUUUUAUUUGAAACACAUUCACAGGCCUGUAAAGUGGUCGUCGAUAAGACUCGAAUAUUUGUGAUGAAUUACGAAGAGAAUAUUUGGCCAUCACUACGUCGAAAUGCGCUGAAUUGUUUUGUCUUGGCGGAGAUUAUAUUUCUCGGUGUGUUACUGAGAGUGGAAAUGAAUAGAGCUAUUAAGAAUAUCCAGUCGUCAAUAUCACUAGAUACCCUCCAAAAGCAGAAAAUAUUCAUUAGAGCCUUGAAUCUACAGAUAGCUAUUCCAAUUGCAAUCAUCUUCAUCCCAGCCGCAAUUGCCGCAGUUCUAAAAAUGAAAAGUUCCAGCCAACAAGGCAUUGAUAACAUUCUGAACAUUAUCACAUCGCUUCAUGGAGCAUCUGCAACAAUUCUAAUGAUAUACCUACAGAAACCUUUCAGAAAGGUUUUUCUCAGCAUUGUUUGUCGUGGAAAACAAGUGGAAUCUAAAAAUGUCACAGAGAUGAUUCCAUCCAGAUUGAGUUCAUAACAUUUUUUUUUCCUGCGUGUUAAUCAUUGCUUAGUAUAUCACUAUAAUAUAUAUCUAUGUACAUGUUAUGUCUACAGAAACCAUAUCAAAUGGAGCUUUUUAGAAUAGUUUACCGUUGGAAGUAUAUUGAAUCUGAAAGGUUAAGGUAAUAAAUAAUGUGUAU